GAGACGAACAUAGGGGCGAUGGACCGCUUCUGGACUCUAUGAAGAGUCGAAUCAUAACUUUCUCAAACAGAGGACGCAACGUGGGGAAAAUACAGCGGGCAAUUUUGCUCCAACUUCAUUCGGGAGAGGUGGUGGAGUGGUUGCCAUGGUGGAUAAAAUGUCAAGUUUCCUUCACAUUGGGGACGUGUGCUCCCUUUAUGCAGAAGGGUCCACAAGUGGCUUCAUAAGCACACUGGGGUUGGUUGAUGACCGAUGUGUCGUCCAGCCAGACACAGGGGACCUGAACAACCCACCCAAGAAAUUCAGGGACUGUCUGUUCAGACUAUGUCCCAUGAACAGAUACUCAGCACAGAAACAGUUCUGGAAAGCUGCCAAACCUGGUGGAACAAGCACCACAGAAACAGUUCUGCUCAACAAACUCCAUCAUGCUGCUGACUUAGAGAAGAAACAAAAUGAAUCCGAGAACAAAAAGCUUUUAGGAACAGUUAUUCAGUAUGGCAAUGUCAUCCAGCUCCUCCAUCUUAAGAGCAAUAAGUAUCUAACAGUGAAUAAGCGUUUGCCGGCUCUCCUGGAGAAGAAUGCCAUGCGUGUGACUCUGGAUGCUGCUGGAAACGAAGGCUCCUGGUUCUACAUCCAGCCCUUCUACAAGCUCCGCUCCAUAGGAGACAAUGUGGUCAUUGGAGAUAAGGUUGUGUUAAACCCUGUCAACGCUGGACAACCACUUCAUGCCAGUAGCCAUCAGCUCGUAGACAAUCCAGGAUGCAAUGAGGUAAAUUCAGUGAACUGCACCACCAGCUGGAAAAUAGUUCUCUUCAUGAAAUGGAGUGACAACCAGGAGGUUGUCUUGAAAGGUGGUGACGUGGUGAGGCUGUUCCAUGCCGAGCAGGAGAAAUUUCUAACAUGCGAUGAACACAGAAAAAAACAGUACGUCUUCCUGCGCACAACCGGACGGCAGUCCGCCACCUCUGCCACAAGCAGCAAAGCACUCUGGGAGGUGGAGGUUGUUCAGCAUGAUCCCUGCAGAGGGGGGGCAGGCUACUGGAACAGCCUCUUCAGGUUCAAGCACCUGGCAACCGGCCAUUACCUUGCUGCAGAGGUAAAUCCAGACUAUGAGGAAGAAUGCCUGGAGUCCCGUUCCUCUCUGGACUCCGAGCAGGAAGUGAUGCGGGCACGUGCACGUGCACGUAACCCGCAGGAUAAGGUCAUGUACACACUGGUGUCUGUUCCUGAUGGCAAUGACAUCUCAUCCAUCUUUGAGCUCGACCCCACCACACUGCGAGGGGGAGACUCACUUGUGCCGAGAAACUCAUACGUGAGGCUCAGACAUCUCUGCACCAAUACAUGGGUCCACAGCACCAACCAACCAAUAGACAAAGACGAAGAGAAGCCAGUCAUGCUAAGAAUAGGAACUUCUCCUUUGAAAGAAGAUAAAGAGGCCUUUGCUAUAGUGCCAGUGUCUCCAGCAGAGGUCCGAGAUCUGGAUUUUGCCAAUGAUGCCAGUAAAGUGUUGGCGUCCAUAGCAGCUAAACUUGAGAAGGGGACCAUCACCCAGAAUGAGAGGAGGUCAGUGACGAAGUUGCUGGAGGAUCUGGUGUAUUUUGUGGUGGACAUUCCCAGCAGUGCUCAAGAUGUGCUGGAGAUCACAGUCAACAAACCCAACAGAGAGCGACAAAAACUUAUGAGAGAGCAGAACAUACUUAAACAGAUAUUCAAGCUCUUGCAGGCCCCUUUCACCGAUAGUGGCGAUGGUCCUAUGCUGCGAUUGGAUGAGCUUGCGGAUCAACGCCACGCCCCCUUUCGUCACAUCUGUCGCCUUUGCUACCGAGUCCUGCGUCAUUCACAGCAGGACUAUCGUAAAAAUCAGGAGUACAUAGCAAAGCAGUUCCGCUUUAUGCAGAAACAGAUCGGAUAUGAUGUGCUUGCUGAAGACACCAUCACAGCCCUGCUGCACAACAACAGAAAGCUACUGGAGAAGCACAUCACAGCAGCUGAGAUAGACACAUUUGUGAACCUGGUUCGCAAGAACAGAGAGCCAAGAUUUCUGGACUACUUGUCUGAUCUUUGUGUGUCCAUGAAUAAGUCCAUCCCUGUUACGCAAGAGCUCAUCUGUAAUGCUGUGCUGGAUCAAGCCAAUGCUGACAUCCUCAUUGACACCAAGCUUGUGCUGUCACGGUUUGAAGUGGCAGGGGCAGUCCUCGGAGAGAAUGCUGAAGAAGAGGAGGAAGAUGAAGAGGAGGUUUGGUUGUUCUGGAAAGAUAGCAGAGGAGAGGUGAAGAGCAAGAGUAUUCGAGAACUCGCACAGGAUGCCAAAGAUGGACAUAAAGAAGACCAGGAAGUUAUCAAUUAUUACAGGUAUCAACUCAAUUUAUUUGCUCGGAUGUGUCUGGAUCGACAGUAUUUGGCCAUCAACAAGAUUUCAGCACAGCUGGAUGUGGAUUUAAUCCUGCGCUGCAUGUCAGAUGAGGAUUUGCCCUUUGACCUCAGGGCAUCUUUUUGUCGCUUGAUGUUGCACAUGCAUGUAGACCGUGAUCCUCAGGAGCAGGUGACGCCUGUCAAAUACGCUCGACUGUGGUCUGAAAUCCCUUCACAAAUUGCCAUUGAUGAUUAUGAUAAUGACGGGACGUCACGUGAUGAGGUAAAGGAGCGCUUCUCUCAGACGAUGGAGUUCGUGGAGAAUUACCUGCGGGAUGUUGUGGGCCAGAGUUUCCCGUUCUUAGACAAAGAGAAAAACAAGCUUACUUUUGAGGUGGUGAAUCUGGCAAGAAACCUGAUUUAUUUUGGUUUCUAUAACUUCAGUGAUCUGCUGAGGUUGACAAAAAUCCUGCUAGCCAUCCUAGACUGUGUCCAUAUCAGCACUCCAUUUCCCAUCAAGCUCGACAGAGAACCUGGCAAAGGGAGUAAUGUGAUGAGAUCUAUCCACGGGGUGGGAGAGCUGAUGACUCAGGUGGUGUUGAGGGGCGGAGGGUUUCUUCCAGCUACACCUCACAACCCUCCUGGCAGAGGUGAAGCUAAGAGCCAAACUGAACCUCAGAAACAAGACAUACUGGUGAUGGACACCAAACUCAAGAUCAUCGAAAUCCUGCAGUUUAUUUUGAAUGUACGCUUGGACUACAGGAUCUCCUGUCUGUUGUGCAUCUUUAAGACAGAGUUUGAUGAGAGCACAUCUCAGACAGAGCCAUGUAUAAACCAAGACUCUCCUGCCAGUGUUCAAGGGGCGCUGGACUUUGAGCAUAUCGAGGAGCAGGCAGAGGGGAUUUUCGGAGGAAGUGAGGAGAACACUCCAUUAGAUCUUGAUGAUCACGGUGGCCGUACAUUUUUGAGAGUCCUGCUUCACCUCACCAUGCACGAUUAUCCACCGCUGGUGUCACGAGCUCUACAUCUCCUGUUCCGACACUUCAGCCAACGCCAGGAGGUCUUACAGGCCUUCAAGCAGGUUCAACUGUUGGUGACAAGUCAGGAUGUGGAGAACUAUAAGCAGAUCAAAUCAGAUCUGGACCAGCUGAGGUCUAUAGUAGAGAAAUCAGAGCUGUGGGUGUAUAAAAGACAGGGCUCAGAUUCAGGAAUGGACGCAGGGAACGUCACCAAUGAAGCUCACCACAAGGGUGAGAAGAACUCCAGUAGAUCAGACAAACCCAAAGCAGAGAGCACUAGCAGCACAAACUACAGAGUUGUGAAGGAGAUCUUGCUGAGGCUCAGUAAACUGUGUGUCUUGGAGGGAAUCUCGGGAAAGAAGAACAAGAAACAACAGCAGCGGCUUCUUAGAAACAUGGGAGCUCACAGUGUGGUUCUGGAACUUCUGCAGAUCCCUUACGAGAAGGGGGAAGAUGUUCAGAUGCAGGAGAUAAUGACUUUAGCCCAUCAGUUCCUGCAGAACUUCUGUGCCGGAAACCAGCAGAACCAAGCGCUGCUACACAAACAUAUUAACCUGUUCCUCAACCCCGGGAUUCUGGAGGCAGUCACCAUGCAGCACAUCUUCAUGAAUAAUUUCCAGCUGUGCAGUGAGAUUAAUGAACGUGUGGUGCAGCACUUUGUGCACUGCAUCGAGACGCAUGGCCGCAGCGUCCACUACCUCAAGUUCCUGCAGACCAUCGUGAAGGCUGAAAACAAAUUCAUCAAGAAAUGCCAAGACAUUGUCAUGGCUGAGCUGGUGACGGCAGGUGAGGAUGUGCUAGUCUUCUAUAAUGAUCGAGCAUCUUUUCAGUCAUUGGUUCAAAUGAUGCGUCUUGAGAGGGAGCGUCUUGAUGAAAACAGUGCGCUCAGGUAUCAUAUCCACUUAGUGGAGCUGCUGGCUGUUUGCACUGAAGGAAAAAAUGUCUACACUGAGAUCAAGUGUAACUCACUGCUCCCCCUUGAUGAUAUUGUACGUGUUGUCACACAUGAGGACUGCAUUCCUGAGGUGAAGGUGGCCUAUGUGAACUUCCUGAACCACUGUUAUGUGGAUACAGAGGUUGAAAUGAAGGAAAUCUACACCAGCAAUCACAUGUGGAAACUCUUUGAUGAUUUCCUGGUGGACAUCUGCAGAGUUUGCAAUAACACGAGUGACCGUAAGCACGCAGACACGGUUUUGGAGCACUACGUAACGGAAACCAUCAUGAGCAUCGUCACAACCUUCUUCAGCUCACCGUUCUCAGACCAGAGCACAAGCUUGCAGACUCGGCAGCCUGGUUGUGGCACUGCUGCAGGGAAGUGUUCGGUGUAUCACUGCAAACCUGGCUGCUCCCGAGUCAGAAGGAAACUGAGAGGCCUGGCAUCAAAGUGGCUGAGAGUACCGUGCCUCGGUAGCGGAGUGGACUGCGUGCGCGGCAGCAGCACAGUCUCGCUUUUAACGACAGGAGUUCGACUCCGCGCUAAAGGUAGGGCAAUAGCCAUUCCAGUGGAUCUGGACUGUCAGGUGAAUAAUCUGUUUAUGAAGUCCAACAACAUAGUGCAAAAAACAGCCCUCAGUUGGAGACAGUCCGUCCGCAAUGCUACACAAAGAGAUUCUGUCCUGACCACCUCCAGAGACUACCGCAACAUCAUCGAAAGACUUCAGGAUAUUGUGUCUGCUCUGGAGGAACGGUUGAGACCUCUGGUUCAGGCUGAGCUGUCUGUACUGGUGGAUGUUCUUCAUCGUCCAGAACUGCUGUUCCCAGAGCACACUGAAGCUCACCGCAAGUGUGAGAGUGGAGGAUUUAUCUGCAAGUUGAUAAAACACACCAAGCAACUACUGGAGGAGAAUGAAGAAAGGCUUUGCAUCAAAGUCCUACAGACACUGAGAGAGAUGAUGACCAAAGACAGAGGAUACGGGGAGAAGCUCAUGGGAUUUGAUGAUGAGAUGGAUGUCACGGAGGUGGUGGAUGACAGUCUGCCACCCAAACAGCUGGAAGAACGGAGGAGGGGGGAAGCGUUGCGGCAGCUGCUUGUCAAUCGUUACUAUGGCUUCAAAAGUGGUGGGAGGAGGGAGAGUCUGACUACCUUCUGUAACCCCGCCCUGACCCCUGUAGGACCAAUCAAGAACCAGCCUGGGGGUUUGAGCAGGGCUGAGAUGUCAUUGAUGGAGGUGCAGUGUCAUCUGGACCGUGAGGGGGCGUCUGACCUGGUCAUCGAUCUCAUUAUGAAUGCAACCAGUGACCGUGUCUUUCACGAGAGCAUCCUAUUGGCCAUUGCACUGCUGGAGGGAGGGAACACCACCAUACAGCAUUCCUUCUUCAAACGUUUAACAGAAGACAAAAAUUCAGAAAAGUUUUUUCGAGUUUUUUAUGAUCGAAUGAAAGCUGCUCAGCUGGAGAUCAAAGCCACAGUUACAGUCAACACCAGUGACCUUGGCAACAAACGUCGUGAUGACAGUGCUCCAGACAAAGAUACCCCACAACGUCGAAGAGGAAAAGAUUCAGGUAUCGUGGUGACGGAUGAUGCUUGUGAGCAGCUCUUGGAGGCAUCUGCUGUGACUAAAAAGGCCUUUAGUUCAUAUCGGCGAGAUGCUGAUCCUGAAGAGGCUUUCGCCACUGCUGAUGGAGACAAAGGGGGCGGAGAUAAAGGAACGGAGCAGGGGGAGAUGAGCCCCGUCAUUCUCAUCAUGCAACCAAUCCUGCGCUUCUUACAGCUACUGUGUGAGAACCACAACCAAAACCUGCAGAACUUCCUUCGUUGUCAGAACAAUAAGAACAACUAUAACCUGGUGUGUGAGACCCUGCAGUUUCUGGACUGUAUCUGUGGCAGCACAACAGGAGGUCUUGGGCUUUUAGGUCUCUAUAUCAACCAGCACAAUGUGGCUCUUAUUAAUCAAACUGUAGAGAGUCUCACUGAAUACUGUCAAGGACCUUGUCAUGAUAACCAGAAUUGCAUCGCCACCCAUGAGUCAAAUGGCAUAGACAUCAUUAUUGCCUUGAUUUUGAAUGAUAUUAACCCCCUGGGCAGAAAACGAAUGGACCUGGUUCUGGAACUAAAGAAUAAUGCAUCUAAGCUGCUACUGGCCAUCAUGGAGAGUCGCCAUGACAGUGAGAACGCUGAAAGAAUCCUGUACAACAUGAGACCGAAAGAACUGGUGGAGGUGAUGAAAAUGGCCUACCAGCAGGGGGAGACUGAGUUUGAGGAUGAAGAACAGGAGAAUGGAGAAGACCAUGCUGCCUCACCCCGCAACGUUGGACACAACAUUUAUAUCCUUGCACAUCAGCUGUCCCGUCACAAUAAGGAGUUGCAAUUACUACUGAAACCAAGCGGAGAGGACCAGGCCCUGGAGUAUUACACUAAACACACAGCACAAAUAGAGAUAGUCCGCCAGGAUCGCACUAUGGAGCAGAUAGUGUUCCCUGUACCAAACAUCUGCUCAUUUCUGACCAACGAGUCUAAGCUGCGUGUGUAUUACGGCACCGAGAGAGACGAGCAGGGCAGCAAAAUCAAUGAUUUCUUCUUGCAUGCAGACAAUCUAUUCAAUGAGAUGAGAUGGCAAAAGAAACUGAGAGCUCAGCCAGUUCUGUACUGGUGCAGCCGGAACAUGUCGUUCUGGAGUAAUGUUUCUUUUAACCUGGCUGUUCUCAUUAAUCUGUUGGUGGCGUUCUUUUACCCUCUGGAUGGCACGAGCGACAGUCCACUGGAUCCCUCUCUUUCUCUCCUGCUGUGGGUGUGUUUGUUGGGGUCAUUGGGUUUCGUUCUGAUGUCACCGAGGCCAAACGCAGUGAGAGUUCUCGUCAUCUCCACCGUUCUGCAGCUCGGGUUCUCUGUGGGACUGCAGCAUAUGCUCACGCUUCUGGGAACUUUUAAUGUGUGUAAUAAGAUAGUGUUCAUGUUGAGCUUCGUGGGUAACCGUGGGACAUUUACCCGUGGUUACCGGGUAAUGGUGAUGGACAGAGAGUUCCUGUUUCAUCUGCUGUAUCUUCUCAUCUGCACACUGGGACUUUUUGGACACGUCUUCUUUUAUAGUCUACUGUUGUUUGACCUGGUGAACAGGGAGGAGACUCUGUUGAACGUCAUCAAGAGUGUCACUCGAAAUGGCCGUUCCAUCGUGCUGACAGCUGUCCUGGGCCUGAUCCUGGUCUAUCUCUUCUCUAUUGUGGGUUAUAUGUUCUUUAAAGAUGACUUUAUUCUGGAAGUAAAUCGCAUCCCAAACAGCACCCUGGAAGAGGGGGUUCAUCUGGCCUCCAGUUUUCUGCCUGAGGGGGUCUGCAGUUCAAAAAAUGGAUCAUGUCUGUCUGUGGAUGUUGAUGAAGAUGAUGUAGAGCGUGCGUGUGAUUCUCUAUGGAUGUGUAUGAUUACUGUGUUGAGUCAUGGUCUCAGAAGUGGUGGUGGAGUUGGAGAUGUUCUGCGCAAACCAUCCAAAGAGGAGCGUCUGUUUGCCGCACGGGUCGUGUACGACCUGCUGUUCUUCUUCCUGGUGAUCAUCAUCGUGUUAAAUCUGAUCUUUGGUGUCAUCAUUGACACGUUCGCUGACCUCAGAAGUGAAAAGCAAAGAAAAGAGGAAGUCCUGAAGACCACGUGCUUCAUCUGCGGUCUGGAGAGAGAUAAGUUUGAUAACAAAACAGUGACAUUUGAGGAGCACAUCAAGGAAGAGCACAACCUGUGGCACUAUCUGUUCUUCAUCGUUCUGGUGCGGGUCAAGGACUCCACGGAAUACACAGGCCCGGAGAGCUACGUUGCUCAGAUGAUCAAGGAGCACAAUCUGGACUGGUUUCCACGUAUGAGAGCCAUGUCACUGGUCAGCAGUGAUGGUGAGGGUGAACAGAACGAACUGCGCAGUCUGCAGGAGAAACUGGAGUCCACAAUGAGACUGGUGUCCAAUCUGACCAAUCAGCUCACUGAACUCAAAGAGCAGAUGACUGAACAGAGGAAACACAAGCAGCGGAUUGGUCUGCUGGGAAACCCCGCCCACUUCAACAUCAAUCCACAGCAGCCAGCGUGAGAGGCCUCUAAGGACAGACUGACAUAAGUGAGCAUCAAGCUUGUGUGCACAUUUACAAUGGAAGCGCAUACCAACGCAGCUGUAUAAACGGUGUGCUUAGCAUGAAAUGUAGUUGACUCCCCUGAGAAGUGUAAACACCGGAGUACGCGUUCUGACUUGGCAACGUUGGCUCAAGUUUGAGGUAUGACCAUCUGUCGCAUAACCAGUGCCACACGGGGGAGUGUUCUGUUUGGUGAUGCUAGCGGCACAGAAAUGACACACACUACCUUAAAUUUGUCAUCAGUGUGCACUUAAGUCACUUGAUGACAUUUGCGCUUUAUUGCUGGCAUGGGUGCUGUACUAUCAUUUUAAUUUUAAGCACUGACGUUACACUUUAUAUAAAUGUUGCACUGUGUUCGAGUAUUAUAGGAUCCUUUCACAUCAUCAUACUAUCAAGGGUUUGUCAGAAAUGUCCUUUCAGUUUUCCUUCCACCUUUUUAUAACUAAUAAUGGACUGUUUGAGUUUUUUAUAUCAUGUGUGAAAUUUCAAUAUUUUUGUGUGUAUUUAUUUUGACUUGCAGAUGGGACUAUUUUAAGAGAUUUUAUUACCAGGAUUGGCAUCCGUGCAAAAGAAGAAUAAAACCUACAUAUUCAAAUU